UGAUAAGUCUGAAACGAAAGGUGUUGGUGAGGCCAAGAAAAUUCUUGACAUAAAAAUUGUUAGAGAUCGAAAUCAUGGUAAACUGUUUUUUGUCUCAAAAAUAGCAUAUUGAGAAAAUUCUGGAUAAGUUUAUCUCAAAAACUGCUCUCUCUUUCUCGUUGCGUUGAGACGAUCCUCUGCGAGAUAACCCCUCCGCUGGAGAAAACAUCUCCAAACCCUAGAUUCUGAUCAAAAUCGAUAUCAAAAUAAUUGAUACCAACUCGUGGUGAUUUCUUCUCUCUCUCGAUCUUUGCAGUACGAUCAUCGAUGGUACUCUAAUGGAUGGGUCCUCACCAUAUACCGAUUUGGCCGAACCAAGCGCUACGAAAAGAUUUAAGAUUGGAGGAGAAGAGAUGGAUACAAGUGAAGAGACAAUGAGGAGUGAGGAGGAUACUGGAAUAAGAAGAUGGGAGGACUUACCUGUUAACUGCUUGGUGGAAAUUUUCAAGAAAUUGAGUGUGGAGGACAUGGCAAUUGGUGUUCCUUUUGUGUGCAAAUCCUGGUAUGAAGCUCAUCUCGACCCUUGCUGUUGGAAGAUUCUAGACUUCCGUGGGAUUGAUCCAUGGUCAGAGUGCCCUUUUAUUGCGAGGUUCAUGCACGAAUACCGUCUAAAGAAAUUCACAAUUAUGGGGUUUCUGAAAUUUGUCAUCAAUCGUGGUCAUAAAUUAGCCACCAAGCUGAUCCUCCCAGAUCGCCUCCUUCCUCUGAGUAACUUGGUCUACAUCUGCGAACAAUGUCCGAUGCUGAAUAUUUAUGCUUCAUGGCAGCCAGAGAAAAAUCCAGGUCUUAUCCGUGGAUUUGUGAUGAAGUUGAAUGAAACAAUGUUGCGACACUGUAGGAAUUUAGAGUUGUAAUAUUUCUGUAAGGAAGCGUGCUUCUGAAAGAUCUGUAGAAGGGUAGAUUUAAUCUUCUUUUGCAAAAUGCUUUUUGUAAACUUUGUGGUUUGAUGUAGUUUAUGACCUCGAUGUCUAGCUCUUAUGUUGUUGUCUCAUGCUUGAUGGUCUUCUACUGAGCAGCUUUCAUGAAAUUUUCUUACUUUUCAUAUAGUUUUAAUAAGCACGAAGAAUGCUAUUGUUGUUUCUUAUAUGCAUUCUUCAUGCAUUAACACUUAUUUGUAAUAUCAGAAUUAUAGUUUGUAGAAUAAUUGUUGUUAUUAGUGGAUUAUUCUAUGCU